CCGGCCAGAGACUUUAAGCCCAGCCCCGUCCCAGCUCCGGACACUCGCAACACCCCCGGCAGCGCCAUGAGCCCAGGGGUUUGCCUCCUCCUGGGCCUCCUCAUCCUCGGGGCAGAGCCCGGCACUGCACCAGGGGAGGAAGGAGCCCACCCUGGCGUCUGCCCCCGGCUCCCGGCCGGGCCCCGCCUGUGUCCCAACGCCUGCAGCGACGACAGAGGGUGCCCGCAGGACCAGAAGUGCUGCUUCACCGGCUGCGGCCUCGGCUGCGUGACGCCGCUGGGGAACGGCAGCAGCGACUUUCCCCCCCCCCGGGGAGGUGGACUGGAGCCUCAGCCAGGCGGAGGAGAUGCACCGGGGGGAGCCACAGAAGCCGGGGACGUGCCCCCAGGACUUGACGCGCUGCCUCCGCCUGGAGCCCCCCCUCUGCACCAACGACUCGGUGUGCCCCGGCUGGCACAAGUGCUGUCCCCGUGAGUGCCGGCUCCGCUGCACCCCCCCCCGCAGAAGACACGUGUCACCUCCCCGCCGCACCGGGACCCUGCGGUGGCCGCGAGCGCCGCUUCUUCUACAACAUCACCUCCGGGCAGUGCGAGACGUUCCCCUACGGCGGCUGCGAGGGCAACCCCAACAACUUCGGGACACGGGCAGCGUGCCGCCGGGCGUGCAUGGGCCACGACAAACCCAGACCUGGGGAGUGCCCGGCGGUGCUCCUGGGGCUGGCGGGGCCGUGCCGGGAGGAGUGCGAAGGUGACAGCGACUGCCCCAGCUCACAGAAGUGCUGCAACAGCAGCUGCGGCCACCAGUGCCUGCCUGCAGCCCCGGCCAGGAAGGCCGGCUUCUGCCCAGCCAGCGCGGGGCUGUUCCCCAGCUACGACUGCAGAGAACGGUGCCAGCGAGACGCCGACUGCCCCGGCGAGGAGAAGUGCUGCCUGCGUGGCUGCGACCACGUGUGCCUGCACCCGGCCCGAGAGAAGCCGGGGAUCUGCCCCCUGACCGAGGCGGCACCGCGGACCAGGGCCCCGUGCCAGGCCUCCUGUGCAGAAGACCGGCAGUGCCCAGGGGACGAGAAGUGCUGCAGCAGCAGCCGAUGUGGCCGGGUCUGCCUGGCUCCAGAACGAGGUGCGGGGACGGCCACGGGGCCGGGUGCGGGGCCCAGCCUCCUGCAGCACACGGGGAGCCGCUGCCACCGCCUGCGCCCAGCUCAGACCUCUUCAGGGCACAGUGCGCGGGGCUGCGGCCGUCGGAGGGGCCCACAGGGCCGGGACAGCGACGUCUGCAGCCCGCUCCCCAUGGGACAGCUUGCCCGUGGCUCUGCUGCCCCCCUCCCUGCCUCUCUUUCAGACAAACCUGGCCAGUGCCCCAAAGUGAGGCCACGGCAGCUGUGCACGGAGGAAGACGCCUGUGGCCACGACAGGGACUGUCCCCGGCAGGAGAAGUGCUGCUUCUCCGGCUGCGCCAUGCGCUGCGUGCGCCCUGCCAGGGAGCACCCCGGGGAGUGCCCCCAGGCAGAGCCGUGCUGGGAGCCUUGGCGCAGGCGCGGGAGCCAGUGCCUGGACGACAGCGCCUGCCAGCGGGGCGAGAAGUGCUGCAGCAGGGGCUGCGCCUGGGCGUGCGUGGCCGCGGCUGUGCCCGCAGAGAGCCAGGACAGAGCCCCCGGGCAGUGCGCGGAGGAGUGUGACACCGACGUGCAGUGCCCCCAGGGACAGAGGUGCACCAGCACCGGCUGUGGCCGUGUCUGCAGGGACAUCCCUGGAGAUGCUGCGUGACGGGAGAGCAGCAGCUCCGUGGCAGGAAGGUGCCGUCGUUCCGGGACACUGGGCGGUCACGGCCCCAAACUGGCCUGUCCCCUUCUUCCCGCUGCCAGCAAUAAAACACGUGCUCGCCGUC